AUGAACGUUGCCACACAGAUGCCUCCUUUGGCCGAUGCGAUUCCUCUUCCGCUUGAAAUUGGCCAUGCCUUUGUCACUUCCCUGAUUGAGAAAUAUCGGAUUGAUCCAAAGCAAAUUGGCCGCUUGGAAGUUGGUAGUGAAACAGAGAUAGAUAAAAGCAAGUCUAUUAAAACAUGGCUCAUGAACAUUUUUGAGGAAUAUGGGAACACUGAUAUUGAAGUAGUUGAUUCUACAAAUGCUUUUAAGAAGUUUAUUGCAGUUUAUGCGGAAGGGCCAGCUCGGCCUAUUGGUGGGGCUGCAGCUAUUGCAAUGUUGAUUGGACCAAAUGCUCCAAUUGCUUUUGAAAGUAAAUAUAGAGGGACUCACAUGUCUCAUGUAUAUGACUUUUAUAAGCCUGUACUUGCAAGUGAAUACCCGGUUUGCCAAGCUCGUUUUCCAUUUCUUAAACCGGCAUCGUAGAAACCUUUCAGAAAAUUUGGCAUUUCGCUGGGCUUAAGAGCGCAAGGCCGCAAGCUGGUUUCGGAGGAAGGGGGUGGCUGACGCUCUUGUUUCUCCCUGGUCGCUCCGAAAGAUUUGGAUCCGAGGAUUUCACUUUGAGAAGGAGCCGACGAGAGGAGGAGGACGAGAGGAAGAGGACGAGAGAAAUAGCGUCCUCUCUUUUACCCGAUCCAGGAUUUGUAAGUUCAAAGGAGGUAGUUAAGAGAUUUGAGAUGGAUUUGAAGGG